AUGUCUAAUAAUCAACGGGAAGAGUCAAUCACAUCACGAAAUGUCGAUGAUAGGGAAGGGGAAAUGGGAAUUGCAUAUACCACUGACGAAGUUGAUUAUCUCGACCAUUUUAGUAAUAAUAAUCAAAAUCCGGUAGAGUACUUGGAAUUUCUUGCAACACAAGAACCUUAUUCCCCUAAAAAUUUGUCUUUAAAUCAAGAUUCAUUUCAUCAACCCUCAAAUUUCCAACAACAAGAACAAUUUAUUGGUUUAAGGGGUGGUCCAGCUUUAUCGAACGUACAUUAUGUUAUGUCUCCUGAUGACACGCGACAAUUUUUACCUGAUAACAACAUCAAUAAUAAUUAUAAUCCUUAUUUCCCUCCCACGCAACAAAUAAAUAUGUACAAUAAUCCCUUAUCAUUAUCCCCAUUAGAUGAAGUUGUUCAACAUAAUGCUGCCCCUUAUCCAGAUCAAUCGGAAUCUUAUCAGAUUGAGGUGGUUGAUAUGGAUGAUGAUACUAGUUCUCCAUUAUUUGAUGAAGCUUCUUCACCGAUUGAUCAUUCUACCGUUACUCCAUCUCCCCUUAGCUUACCUAGUCUAUUGCUUUCAAGGAAUCGUUCAAGGAUUUCAACUCCAAAGGUAGAGGUCUCCCUAAAUUUACCCAGUGCCUAUACCGCUCAAGUGCAACAAAGUGAUUCCCCAUUACGUUCAGAAUUCAGAAAGAUCUCAAUAAUGAAAAACAAUUCACCUCACAAUCCUCAAAAUGAAUCUAUAGUGAAAUUCGAUUUUCAUAAUGCGACUGGUGAUCCUGACGACCCUCUCUUAAAUAAUGAUAAUAUUUCGGGAUCUAUUCAAUUGCAAGAAGAAGAACAACGACGAUUACCAACUGGUUUAUUAAAUGGAAAUUCAAUUGAAAAUAAUAAUAUGAUCAAUACUUCAAAUAAUAUACCUAAUGCUUCAUACCAACAUUCAAAUGUUCUACAACCCAUUUCUUCCAUAUCUCCUACUUAUCCGAUUCCUCCCACAUCUCAUAUUACUCAAAAACCUUUAAUUGCUAAUAAGAAUGAUGAAGGUCAAAAUCAUGAUGCAGUCGAAACGACUACCAAUAUAGAAACCAUAGAGAAAUUUUAUAAACCGAAACAAGGGACUAUUUUUAUGCUCAUUAACGUUUUUACGAUUGCUGCCAUUGUCUUUGUUACAUGGAGGUUGGGAGCGUGGGGAAUUGGACAAGCUAAAGGAAUUUAUGGUACGCUACGGGUAUUGGGAUUAUAA